AUGCCCACCCUAGAUUUGGAAGACUUGUCCAUACCGGACAUCCACAACUUGCCUCCAGAUGCCCUUCCUGCCUUGUCCUCCUCCUUGUUCGACGGCUUAAAGUUCGACACCUCCAUCAUAUCCCACUGCGACGGCUCUUCCUCUUUAACCAUCAGCGACAACCUAAAACUAAUCUGCUCCAUCAAUGGCCCCAUUGAAAGCUCCUUGAAAUUGGAAUUGCCAGAUAAACUAGCCCUUGACAUCUCCGUCAAUUCCUCUCUCUCAACUACCAACAAUAGCAACAACCAGCUAAUCGAAAACAACUUGCGAAAACUACUUAUCAGAAAAAUCAACCUAUCAAUGUAUCCCAAGCAAUUGCUAGUAAUCAACUUCCAGUUUCUCGUGUCUCCCUCAGAAAAUUCUCUAUUCCAAAAGAACUCCCCACCUAAUACCCCAUCCUCAUCCUCAUCCUCAUCAUACUUAUUAGAACUAAUGGCUUGUAUCAACGCAGCAUAUCUAGCCUUAUUGGACGCAAACAUAUCCCUAACCUCCUCCUUUAACUCGGUCAUCAUCAACAACAACUCCUCAAACCACUUGAUUUGCUACGAUCACAACCACCUUCACACAAUCAACAACAGCACCACAGAUCACGAUAUAAUAAUACUCUAUUCAGAGAGUCUAGGCCGUUUCAGCCAAUCUACCCUCUUCAACAUUCUCUUCAAUUUCGGCUACAAAAAAUCUCUACUUUUAAACUUCCAUUUUGCUUCCCUAUAUAAAUCCAUAAUAAAGCAAAAAUUCAUAUAUACCGACAAUAAAUAA